AUGGUAAUGAGCCGCCUUAAAAACAUGAAAACUUCAUAAAGCAGUCAGAAAUAAAUAAAGAGAGAAGAUCAGAAAUGGUAACUGAGCAAGCUAUGUGGCAAAAGCGCUAUUCAUAAUGAAUAGUGUUCAUGCCAUAUAAACUUUUUAUGUCAGAGGAAGAGGAUAGAGGAUAAUACAAAUUAAUUGCCAAAGAAAGAAAAAAUUUGUAAAAUACGACGUAUAGUAGACUUAGUCUCCAUCUCCAACCAUUAUUCAAUUAAUCCGGGCAAAAUUUUCACAAUUUGCACUUUCAAUUCAUCAAGAUCAACCCUUAUUACCUCUAUUUUGAACCAUAAUUUCAUAAAAUCUGUUUAAUUCCCAAUGAUUUGACAUUUAUUUUUUCUUCAAUUUCUAAAUUUAUACACCAAUGGAUUCCGGAUCCAUAUUUCUGGAAGAUUUCGGGCAGAAAGUCGAUCUUACUCGCCGAAUUCGGGAAGUGCUACUCAACUACCCUGAAGGUACCACUGUUUUAAAGGAACUUAUUCAGAACGCCGAUGAUGCCGGCGCUACUAAAGUUUGUCUAUGCUUGGACCGCCGCUCGCAUGGCGUUGAUUCAUUAUUGUCCAACACUUUGGCUCAGUGGCAAGGUCCUGCUCUUUUGGCUUACAAUAAUUCUGUUUUUACUGAGGAGGAUUUUGUUAGCAUUUCUAGAAUUGGUGGAAGUAAAAAACAUGGUCAAGCUUGGAAAACUGGUCGGUUUGGGGUAGGGUUCAACUCUGUGUACCAUUUGACAGACCUACCAUCUUUUGUAAGUGGUAAACAUGUGGUGCUGUUUGAUCCUCAAGGAGUCUAUCUUCCUAAUGUUUCUGCUGCAAACCCUGGAAAGCGAAUUGAAUAUGUUAGUUCUUCAGCUAUUUCAAGGUAUAAAGAUCAGUUUUUUCCAUAUUGUGCCUUUGGUUGUGACAUGAGAAGUUCAUUCAAUGGAACUCUCUUUCGUUUUCCUCUGAGGAGCGCAGAUCAGGCAGCGGAAAGUAAUCUUUCAAGGCAGACAUACUCAGAAGAUGAUAUCUCUUCUAUGUUUGCUCAGCUAUAUGAGGAAGGAACCUUUUCUUUGCUAUUCCUCAAAAGUGUGAUGUCAAUUGAAAUGUAUGUAUGGGAUGUUUGUGAAAUGUAUCCUAGGAAACUCUAUUCAUGCUCGGUCGCUUCAGCAGAUGAAGACAUAAUUGCGCAUCGCCAGAUGCUUUUGAAAUUGUCAAAGCUGUCUAACUUAUCUUCUUUUGAAAUGGAUUCCUUCAUGUUAGAUUUUGUAAGUGAGGCUAUUAGUGGAAGCUUCAUUGAGAAGAAAACAGACACCUUCUACAUAGUCCAAGCCAUGGCAUCAUCUUCGAGUAGGAUUGGUUCGUUUGCAGCCAAGGCCUCUAAGGAAUAUGAUAUUCACCUUCUGCCUUGGGCAUCCGUUGCUGCAUGCAUGUCUGAUGAUUCAAAAAAUGGUGAUGGUCUUAAAAUUGGUCGAGCUUUCUGCUUUCUUCCAUUGCCUGUAAGGACUGGGUUGACAGUGCAGGUGAAUGGAUACUUUGAAGUUUCAUCAAAUCGUCGCGGAAUAUGGUAUGGGGCAGAUAUGGAUAGAAGUGGAAAAAUCAGAUCAAUUUGGAACAGGUUGCUUUUAGAGGAUGUCGUUGCCCCUCUUUUUAAAAGCUUACUGCUUGGUGUGCAAGGAAUUAUGGGUCCUACUAGCUCUUAUUAUUCCCUAUGGCCUUGUGGUGAGUUUGAGGAGCCAUGGAGUAUUUUGAUACAACGUAUCUACAAAGAUGUUGUUGAGGCUCCCGUCUUAUACACAAAUGCUGGAGGGGGGAAAUGGUUGUCGCCUGCCGAAUCUUUACUUCAUGAUGAGGAGUUUACUCACAAAGAGGAGCUUGCUAAUGUCCUCUUGCAGCUGGGGAAUCACAUUGUUCGUUUGCCUGAUUCCUUGCGUAACAUGCUCCUGAAGUACACAACAAAUAUUCAGUGGAAAGUGAUUACUCCUGAUAUGGUGAGGUGUUUUGUUCGUGAGUGUAGUUUUUUGAGUAUUCUUGCUAGGACUCAAAAACUGCUUUUGUUAGAAUAUUGCCUUGAAGACCUCUUAGAUUCUGAUGUUGGAAGGUUUGCAAACAAUUUACAUUUGCUCCCAUUGGUUAGUGGAAGCUUUGGAUUGUUGUCUGAAGCUUCUAAUGGCAUCUCAUAUUUUAUUUGCAAUGAGUUGGAGCGCAAACUACUUCAACAGAUACCUGACAGAGUUAUUGAUUGGAAUAUCCCUGAUAAGAUCACGAAGAGACUCUUAGGUGUUGCAGAAUGUUCUGGGGCCAAUCUACUUGUUUUUAAACCUGAACAUCUUGUCCAAUUAUUGGACAAAUUCUUGCCUCCAGACUGGAGAUUUAAGAGUAAGGUUCUUUGGGAGCAUGAAAGGACUCAAAAUAACCAUCCAACUCUUUCCUGGUUUGUCUUUUUCUGGAAGUAUCUCAGAUAUCAAUGUGAAAAAUUGUCUUUGUUUCACGAAUGGCCCAUUUUACCAUCCACUUCGGGUCAUCUGUAUAGAAUCUCCCGGCAGUCGAAAUUGCUUAAUGUUGAAAAACUUCCCGAGAGUUUGAGAUCUGUUCUUGACAAAAUUGGAUGUAAGACAUUUGAUACUAAGUAUGGAAUUGAGCAUCCUGAUCUUUCAACUUAUGUUGAUAAUGCUACUGGCUCUACUGUAUUGGAAUCGAUCUGUGAUGUUAUUUCUUCUAGCGGUGCUGUCAUUCAAACUUUCUUUCAUGUGCUAACAGCAACUGAGAAAAAUGAGCUUUGUCACUUUUUUCUUGAUCCAAGAUGGUAUAUUAGUGGGUCUAUGGCAGACUCUGAUAUUAGGAAAUGCAAGGAGCUCCCAAUUUAUAGUGUUCACUGUGGAGAAUCUGAUGGAAAUUUUCAAUUUUCCGAUCUUAUUGAUUCUCAAAAGUAUCUGCCACCUAAGGAUAUUUCAGAUUGCUUUCUUGGAAAUGAAUUCAUUGCAACUUCCUCUGAUGCCGAAGAAAGUGUUCUACAGAGAUACUAUGGAUUACAACGCAUGGGCAAGGCACAUUUCUAUAGGAGGCAAGUGUUCAGUAGGAUUAAGCAUCUGCCAGCUGAGGAUCGUGACUCCAUCAUGCUCUCUGUUCUAAAAGACUUGCCACAUUUAUGCAUUGAGGACUCAAAUUUUAAGGAAACUGUGAAGAAUAUAGAAUUUGUUCCUACUCAUACAGGUGCCUUAAAGUACCCGGGUUCUUUGUAUGACCCUAGGAAUGAAGAGUUACUUGCUUUGCUUCAAGAUACUGACCUUUUCCCAUGUGGUUCUUUCCAAGAAUCAGAUAUUUUGGAUGUUCUAUUGGGUUUAGGCCUCAGGACAUCUGCAUCUCCAGAUACAAUGAUACAAUGUGCUCGAUAUGUCGAACGAAUAAACCACGAGGAUCAGGAAAAGGCAUAUAUGCGAGGGAAAGUUCUUCUUGCAUAUCUGGAGGUAAAUGCACAAAAGUGGACUACCAUUCCGCUAAAUGGCAAUCAAGGGACAAUUAAUAGAUUGUUUUCACGAACUGGAACUACAUUCAAGCCUCGUAAUUUGAAAUCUGAACUAGAAAAGUUUUGGAAUGAUCUUCGAAUGAUUUCAUGGUGCCCAGUUAUUGUUUCUGCUCCUUACCCUGCUCUACCCUGGCCUGGUGUGUCAUCACCUGUUGCUCCUCCAAAGCUCGUAAGACUUAAAAGAGACUUAUGGCUUGUGUCAGCUAGCAUGCGAAUACUCGAUGGAGAGUGUUCUUCAACAGUCUUGUCCAACCAGCUAGGAUGGUCUUCCCCACCUGGUGGAAAUGUAGUUGCUGCACAGAUCCUUGAGCUGGGGAAAAAUAAUGAGAUUGUAACUGAUCAAGCCUUCCGCCAGCAGUUAGCUCUUGCCAUGCCUAGGAUAUAUGCCAAACUAACAGAUAUCAUUGGCUCAGAUGAAAUGGAAAUUGUUAAGGCUGUUUUGGAGGGUUGCCGAUGGAUUUGGGUGGGGGAUGGUUUUGCGACAGCUGAAGAGGUUGUACUUAAUGGUCCUUUACACCUAGCUCCAUAUAUCCGUGUUAUACCCGUUGAUUUAGCUGUCUUUAAGGAACUAUUUUUGGAGCUUGGAAUUAGAGAAUUCUUAAAUUUUAGUGAUUAUGUUGAUAUAUUAUGUAGAAUGGCUAUUCAGAAAGGGGACAAUCCUUUAACUGGCAAAGAGCUCACAGCUGCUAUACUUGUUGUGCAGCAUUUGGCUGAGGCUCCAUCUCAUGAUAAGCAUGCAAUUAUCUACUUACCUGAUGCAUCAGGUCGACUCUUGCCUGCAUCAGAUUUAGUUUUUAAUGAUGCCCCCUGGUUGCUUGGAUUGGAAGAUUUAGACAGUAUGUCAAACCAUGCAUCCACCCUCUCACUGAGUGCAAGACGAUCUGUUCAGAGAUUUGUGCAUGGUAACAUCUCAAAUGAUGUCGCAGAGAAGUUGGGUGUCUGCUCGCUUCGGAGAUCUUUGCUUGCUGAGAGUGCCGAUUCCAUGAAUUUAAGUCUAUCUGGGGCAGCUGAAGCUUUUGGUCAGCAUGAAGCCUUGACGACUAGGUUAAAACACAUACUUGAGAUGUAUGCAGAUGGACCUGGAGUUCUUUUUGAGUUGGUACAGAAUGCUGAAGAUGCAGGAGCCUCAGAGGUUGUUUUUCUAUUGGAUAAAACUCAAUAUGGAACAUCAUCUUUGCUUUCUCCUGAGAUGGCUGACUUGCAGGGCCCUGCUUUGUAUUGUUAUAAUAAUUCUGUUUUCAGCCCACAGGAUCUUUAUGCCAUCUCACGUAUUGGUCAAGAUAGCAAACUGGAGAAACCUUUUGCAAUUGGUAGGUUUGGGCUCGGCUUCAAUUGUGUGUACCAUUUUACUGAUAUCCCCUCAUUUGUAUCUGGAGAAAACGUUGUGAUGUUUGAUCCUCAUGCUAGUAACUUGCCUGGAAUCUCCCCUUCUCACCCUGGGUUGCGAAUUAAGUUUGUUGGGAGACAAAUUCUGGAACAAUUUCCGGAUCAAUUUACACCAUUUAUGUAUUUUGGCUGUGACUUGCAAAAGCAGUUUCCUGGUACUCUAUUCCGGUUUCCUCUAAGGACAGCUAGUGUUGCUUCUCGAAGUCAAAUAAAACAAGAAGUAUAUGCACCUGAAGAUGUGAUGUCACUUUUCUCUUCAUUUUCCAAGGUUGUGUCUAAGACUCUUCUGUUUCUACGCAGAGUGAAAUCCAUCUCACUUUACCUGAAAGAUGGAUCUAAUACAGAAAUGCAACUGGUGCACCGAGUGCAAAGGCAUACUGUUCCUGAGCCAGAGCAUCCAUGCCAUGCCCUCCAUUAUAUUUUUGAUUGUCUUGAUGGAAUCCAGCAGUGUAAAGUUGAUAAAAAUCAAUUUCUUGAUAAAUUGAGUGGAUACAAGGAUGAGGACCUUCCAACUAGAUUACAGAAAGUGGUCAUUAAAGAACAAUCAUCAUCUGAUUAUAUGUUGCAUUUAUGGAUGAUGAGUGAAUGUUUAGGUAGAGGACAGGACCAAAAGUCUGAAAGUAAUAAAUCAAGGUCUCACAAGGGCCUUCCAUGGGCUGCUGUUGCUACCUACUUGCAGUCUGCUAAGUUUGAUACGGACCCUUGCAUAUCCGCGUUAACUGUGGGAUCUCUUUCCAGUAUACUAAGUGCUUCUCAAGAUGCAGAAUUGUCUGCUCUAUGCCGGAAGAAUUUUGAGGGCUGUGCCUUUUGCUUCUUACCUCUGCCAAUAAGCACGGGUCUCCCUGCACAUAUUAAUGCCUAUUUUGAGUUGUCAUCUAAUAGGAGAGAUAUCUGGUUUGGUAAUGACAUGUCUGGUGGUGGGAGAAAACGUUCCGACUGGAAUAUUUACCUCCUUGAGCAUGUUGCUGCCCCAGCUUAUGCUCACUUGCUGGAAAAGCUGGCUAUGGAAAUUGGUUCUUGUGAUUGGUUCCUCUCCUUUUGGCCAACAAAAUUAGUAGGAGAACCUUGGUCAUCUGUGGUGCGAAAGUUAUACAUGUUUAUUGCAGAUUUUGAUCUUCGUGUUCUAUACACCAAAGGUAGAGGUGGCCAAUGGAUCUCGGCUAAACACGCUAUAUUUCCUGAUUUUACCUUUGAGAAGAUGCCACAACUAGUUGAUGCAUUGUCAGAUGUUGGCCUGCCUCUAGUUAAUGUUUCUCCAUCACUCGUUGAGCAAUUUGUGGAAGUCCGGCCCUCAUUGCAUUUUUUGACACCACAGUUGCUUAGGAUGUUGCUAAUUCGACGCAAAUGUAAAUUUACUCAGAGAAAUGCUUUAGUAUUGACACUUCAAUAUUGCUUAUUUGAUUUGGAAAAACCUGUUCAGUCUAAUUGUUUGUAUGGUUUACCUUUAAUACCACUUGCAAAUGGCUUUUCCACAACAUUUAACCCAAGGGGCAUGGGUGAAAGAAUUUACAUUUCUCAUGGAAAUGAGUAUGAUCUCCUUAAAGAUACAAUUCCGGCCCAAUUAGUAGAUAAGGAAAUUCCAGAAGAAGUUUAUUUAAAGUUAUGUGACAUAGCCCAAUAUGAGGAUUCAAAUGUAUCCUCUCUGACAUGUCAUCUUCUUGAGAAACUAUUUCACCGGAUACUUCCAGUAGACUGGCAAAAUGCUAAACAAGUAAAGUGGAUCCCUGGUCAUGCUCAACAACCUUCUUUAGAAUGGAUGAGAUUAUUGUGGCGUUACCUGAGUUUGAGUUGUGAUGAUCUCUCAGUGUUCUCUAAGUGGCCAAUCUUACCAGUUGGAAAUGAUCUUCUGAUGCAGCUUAUUAAGAACUCAAAUGUCAUUGAAAAUGAAGGAUGGAGUGAAAACAUUUCCUCACUGUUGUUGAAAGUAGGCUGCUUAUUUCUCAGACGCGACUUCCCAAUUGAACAUCCACAGAUGAAGAACUUUGUUCAGGCGCCAACUGCAGCUGGUAUUCUCAAUGCAUUCCUGGCUGUAGCUGGUACUAUAGAAAAUGUUGAUGGACUCUUUGCUGAUUCAUCCGAAGGAGAGUUGCACGAACUAAGGAAUUUUAUUUUGCAGUUGAAAUGGUUCUCUGAAGAUGAAAUGCAUGGCAUAAAUAUCGAGGUAAUCAAACGUAUUCCCAUGUUUGAAUCAUGCAGAAGUAGGAGACUAGUAAGCUUAAGUCAAGGUAUCAAACGACUCAAAACAAGUGGAUUGCGGGAGGAUCUUUUUGAUGACGACUUUGUUCGUGCUGAAUCUGAAAGAGAGAGAAUAAUACUGAGAAGUUAUUUGGGUGUUCAAGAACUUUCUAAGGCAUAUUUUUAUAAGCAUUAUGUGCUGAAUCGCAUGUCAGAGUUCCUUUCAUCACAAGGAGCUCUUUCUGCUAUUUUACAGGAAGUAAAACUGUUGGUUGAGGAGGAUGUUUCAUUUAAGGAGGAACUUUCAUUGAUUCCAUUUGUUUUGGCUUGCAAUGGUUCAUGGCAGCAGCCCUCCAGGCUUUAUGAUCCUCGUGUUCCUGAACUGCAACUGCUACUGCACAAAGAAGUUUUCUUCCCUUGUAGAGAAUUUUCUGAUUCAGAGACACUGAAUAUGUUGACUGGUGUAGGCUUGAAACAAAGCUUAGAUUAUACUGGUUUGCUUGAUUGUGCAAGGACGAUCUCACUUCUAAAUGAUUCUAGGGACUCUGAAACCACUGCUUAUGGAAGGAGGUUGCUUUCUUGCUUAGAAGUUUUAGGAUCGAAGUUUUCCGAGGAAAAGGAUAUUUCAAAUGUGUUUGGAGAAGGUCUUCAGUCGAUCAUUUGUAAGGAUAAUUUUGAUGUGGGUGCAUUUUUAAGUAGUUUGGUUGAUGCUGAACCACGUGAAGAAUUUUGGUCAGAGCUUAAAUCUAUUGCCUGGUGUCCUAUCUAUGCUGUUCCACCUGUGUAUGGUUUGCCAUGGCUGAAGUCCGAAAAUCUUGUUGCUGCCCCAAACAUGGUGAGACCUAAGUCAGACAUGUGGAUGGUGUCGUCUACAAUGCAUGUAUUAGAUGCUGAGCUCCACUCCAGGUAUAUUAAAUGUAAAUUGGGCUGGAUGGAUCAUCCUAGUGUGCAAGUUUUAUGUACUCAAUUGGUUGAACUGAGUAAAUCAUAUUACCAGCUGAAGAUUGAUCCUGUUGUUGACUCUACUUUUGAUGUUCAGUUGCAAAAGGGUGUAACAUUAGUUUAUUCAAUAAUGCAAGAGUACAUCAAUUCUUCAGAUUUUAUUAUAUUGAAGUCAGCCCUUGAAGGAAUUUCCUGGGUUUGGAUUGGUGAUGGGUUUGUGGACCCAAAUGAUCUUGCAUUUGACUCACCUGUCAAAUUUCAUCCUUACUUGUAUGUGGUUCCAUCUGAGUUGUCAAGCUAUAGAGAUCUUCUCUUAUCCUUGGGUGUGAAACCUAAUUUUGAGGUUACUGAUUAUUACCGCGUUCUGCAGAAGUUGCACACUGAUACUGAAGGAUCUAUACUAUCAGAUGAUCAGUUACGUUUUGUGCAUUGUGUUCUUGAAGCUGUUGCAGAUUGCUUUCCGGACAUGUCACCAACUCAAAUUUCAUGUGCUCCUUUAUUGAUUCCUGAUGCUUCUGGUGUUCUGACGUUUACUAAAGAUCUUGUCUUCAAUGAUGCACCAUGGCUGGAAAACAACAUUUCCGAUGGAAAAAAAUUUGUUCACCCCAGCAUAAGUUAUGAUUUGGCAUCACUGUUGGGUGUGCAAUCGCUUAGAUGCAUGUCUUUGGUUGAUGAAGAGAUGGCUAAAGAUUUGGUUUGCAUGGAUUUUGCUAGAAUAAGUGAGCUCCUGACAUUAUACGCUGGUGAAAAAUUUCUAUUGCUUGAUCUCCUUGAGUUGGCGGAUAGCUGCAACACAAAGAAGAUGCACAUAAUUUUUGACAAAAGAAGACAUCCUCGGCAGAGUCUCUUGCAACAUAAUCUAGGUGAAUUUCAAGGACCUGCUUUACUUGUUAUCUUUGAAGGUGCAUGCUUAAGUAGGGAGGAAGUCACUAGCCUACAAUUCCUUCCUCCGUGGAGACUUCGUGGCGAUACUCUUAAUUAUGGGUUAGGUUUGAUGAGUUCUUUUUCUGUUUGUGAUGUCCUAUCAGUGAUGUCUGGGGGUUACUACUAUAUAUUUGAUCCUCGUGGUUUAGUGCUUGCACCUUCAAGUCAUUCACCUGGAGCAAAAGUGUUCUCUUUGACUGGUACCAACUUGACUGAACGAUUUCGAGAUCAAUUUUCUCCAAUGUUUGUGGGCCAACACAUGAUGUCAUCAUCUGAUGCUACAAUCAUACGGAUGCCACUUUCAUCUGAUUUUAUGUCUGAGGAUCCUGAUGCUGGAUUUCAGAAAAUAAAUCAGAUAUAUAAUGGUUUCAUGAAUCACAGAUCACGUGUACUUCUAUUUCUGAAGUCAGUUUUGCAGGUCUCAUUAUCUCGAUGGGAAGAAGGCAACCAACAGCCUUCAGAAGAUUAUUUGGUUUGUGUUAAUUCAUCAUCAGCUAGAUUAAGGAAUCCUUUUUCUGAAAAGAAAUGGAGAAAGUUCCAGAUAUCUAGGCUGUUUAGUAGCUCAAACGCUGCCACUAAGAUGCAUGUGAUUGACAUCACUUGUCAACAGGGUGAAAAUAAAGUUGUAGAUGAAUGGGCCACUGUUCUCAGUAUGGGCUCUGGGCAAACCAGAAACAUGGCCCUUGAUAGGCGGUAUCUAGCAUACAACCUCACACCUGUUGGGGGAGUUGCAAUUCAUGUAUCUCGAAAUGGUCAUCCUGCUGACGUAUCUCAUUCAAGCUAUGUUAUGUCCCCUCUUCCUUUGUCUGGCAUGAUAGACAUGCCUGUCACUAUCAUGGGAUAUUUUCUUGUACGUCACAAUAGAGGUCGUUAUCUCUUAAAAAAUCAAGAGGGGCUUGAAGCUCAACCUGAUGCUGGAAGUCAGUUGAUUGAGGCUUGGAACAAAGAACUGAUGGCUUGCAUUCGUGAUUCCUAUAUUGAGAUAACAAUGGAAAUGCAGAAGCUUAGACGAGGAUCUGCAGGUGAGCCAAGUGCUGGACAUGCGGUUGGAUUUUCUUUGAAGAAAUUGAGUAAUCAUCUUUAUUCUUUGUGGCCAAGAUCAGAUAUGCAUUCACAGAAUGAUCGACCAGAUCCUGAUAAGUUGGUUUCAGAAAAAGUGCCUAAAGCAGAUUGGGAAUGCAUAAUUGAACGCGUAAUAAGGCCGUUUUAUGUUCGCCUUGCCGACCUUUCUAUUUGGCCACUAUAUUCUGGAAAUCUUGUGAGAGUUGAAGAGGGCAUGUUUCUAUCACAGCCUGGUAAUGGGGUUGGUGAUAAUUUGCUUCCAGCUACUGUCUGUAACUUUGUCAAGGAGCACUAUCCAGUGUUUUCUGUACCAUGGUAUCUCAUAAGUGAGCUUCAAUUGGUAGGAGUCACUGUUCGAGAAAUAAAACCAAAAAUGGUUCGUGAUCUCCUAAGGGUUUCCUCGACAUCUAUGAUUAUCCAGUCAGUAGAAACAUAUGUUGAUGUUCUCGAGUAUUGCUUGUCUGAUAUUCACCUUCCGGAGACUUCUGGUUCAAGUGAAGCUGAAACAUCUUUAGACUUACAAUCUUUUUCUAACGUAAGCAGACUAGUUGAGGGAAGUUCUACACCAAUGGCUAGCAUACGUGGACUUCAUGGGAUAUCUUCUCAUAAUGCUGUGAACUCAGGAGUGGAUGCACUUGAAAUGAUGUCAAGUUUAGGCAAGGCGCUCUUUGAUUUUGGACGCGGAGUAGUUGAAGAUAUAGGCAGAGCUGGUGGCCCAACGGUUCAAAGGGAUAGAUUUAGUGGUGCCCAUGCUGGAAAUAAGUUUUUGUCUAUAGCAGUUGAGCUGAAAGGCUUACCAUGCCCCACGGCCACAAAGAAUUUAGCAAGGCUGGGAAUUACAGAUCUUUGGGUCGGGAAUAAUGACCAGCAGAAGCUAUUGCAGCCAUUGUUGGGUAGGUUUAUUCACCUUACGAUUUUGGACCGGCCUACUUUAGCUGAUAUUUUCUUAAAUAUGUCCCUGCAGUCUCUGUUGAAAAUGCAUGCGCUUUCUCUUCAUUUACUGGCUAAUCAUAUGAAGUCACUUUUCCAUGAAAAUUGGGUAAACCAUGUUAUGAACUUGAAUAUGUCUCCAUGGUUUUCUUGGGAAAAUAGCAUGAACUGUGGUGGCGAAGCUGGUCCUACUCCUGAUUGGAUCAGACUCUUCUGGAAAAACUUUGAUGGGUCAACGGAUGAUCUUUCACUCUUUUCAGACUGGCCUUUGAUACCUGCAUUUCUUGGUAGGCCAGUCUUGUGCCGUAUAAGAGAGCGUAAUGUUGUUUUUGUUCCACCCCUUUCUAUACUUACAUCUUCUGGCAACAAUGUUUUGGAAAUGGAGCCUUUACAGAACAUGCCAAGUGGAUUUUCUGUCAAUGAUUCAUCUCUAUCUGAAACAGUCCGGCCAUACUCUGUGGCUUUUAGAGUGGCAUAUAGUAUGUACCCUUGGCUGCUAUCAUUUUUAAACAAGUGCAACAUACCUACUUUUGAUCCUGCUUUCUUGGAUUGCGCACGCCCAUGUGAUUUCCUUCCCUCUGCUGACCAAUCAUUAGGACAAGUGAUUGCCUCAAAGCUUGUUUCAGCUAAACAAGCUGGUUAUGUCCCAGAACUCACCUCUUUUCCAGCUUCAGAUUGUGAAGAACUGUUCAAUUUGUUUGCCUCAGAUUUUGUUUCUAAUAGGUCCAAUUAUGGGAGGGAAGAAUUGGAAGUAUUACGUGCAUUGCCAAUCUACAAGACAGUAGUGGGUUCAUAUACCUCAUUACAUGGCAAUGACCUUUGUGUUAUUGCUACCAAUUCUUUUUUGAGACCAAUCGAUGAGCUUUGUCUUUCCUAUACCAUGGAUUCUGAUGAAAGCUCACUGCUUCGAGCUUUGGGUGUUCCUGAGUUGCAUGAUCAGCAGAUUCUUGUACGGUUUGCAUUGCCUGGGUUUGAGAAUAAAAGUCAGCCACAGCAGGAGGACAUAUUAAUUUACAUUUAUAUGAAUUGGCAAGAGCUUCAAACUGAUUCGUCUGUUGUGGAUGCUCUCAAGCAAACACAUUUUGUAAGAAAUGCUGAUGAAUUUUCCAUGGACUUAUCCAAACCACAGGAUCUAUUUGAUCCAAAUGAUGCUUUGUUGACCUCAGUUUUUUCUGGAGAGCGCAAGAGAUUUCCUGGGGAACGGUUUACAACAGAUGGCUGGCUUCAAAUUCUAAGGAAAUUAGGUCUUCGAUUAGCCACAGAAACAGAUGUGAUGCUUGAAUGUGCUAAAAGGGUAGAAUUUCUUGGUCAUGAAUGCGUCAAACAAAUUCAUGAUCGUGUAGAGUUUGCUGAGGACCCUGCUGAUUGUCAUCAAGAGCUGUCAUUAGAGAUAUGGUCGUUAGCUGAAUCUGUUGUGGAAGCUGUAUUUUCGAAUUUUGCUGUGCUCUACAGCAACAGUUUCUGCAAUGCGUUUGGUAAGAUUGCUUGUAUACCUUCUGAGAGAGGUUUUCCUAAUGUUGGCGGUAAGAGGGGUGGAAAGCGAGUACUUUCAUCAUAUAGUGAAGUUAUUUUGUUGAAAGAUUGGCCACUGGCUUGGAGCUGUGCUCCCAUCCUUUUGAGGCCUAAUUUAAUUCCACCUGAAUAUUCUUGGGGAGCGUUACAACUGAAGAGCCCUCCAGCUUUUUCGACAGUGUUGAAACAUUUGCAGAUUGUCGGUAAAGAUGGUGGUGGGGAUACUCUUGCACAUUGGCCAACAGCUGCUAACAUGAUGACGGUUGAGGUUGCUGCAUGUGAGGUCCUUAAGUAUCUCAUCAACAAUUGGGGUUCACUUUCUUCUACAGUUGUACAGGAGCUGGAGAAGGUCGCUUUUUUACCCGCAGCAAAUGGUACUCGGCUGGUGAAAGCAAGUUGUCUUUUUGUGCAUUUGGGCGUAAAUUUGUCCCCGUUUGCAUUUGAACUUCCUUCAAAUUAUCUCCCCUUUGUAAGAAUCCUCAAAGACUUGGGGUUACAGGAAACUCUUUCUGUUUCUAGUGCAAAAGACCUUCUCUUGAAUCUUCAGAAAGCAUGUGGAUAUCAACGUUUAAAUCCGAAUGAACUCCGUGCAGUAAUAGAAAUUUUACAUUUUAUUUGUGAUGAAACUAACGAGUCUAACUCAGAAAGUUCUGGCUGCGAGCUCGAUGCAGUAGUCCCUGAUGAUGGCUGCAGACUUGUGCAUGCUAGAUCAUGUGUAUAUAUUGAUUCCUGUGGCUCUCGUUUUGUAAAAUUUAUCAACUCAUCCAGACUCAGAUUUGUCCACCCAAGUGUUCCUGAAAAAACUUGCUUAACAUUUGGCAUCAAAAAGUUAUCUGAUGUGGUUGUGGAGGAAGUAAAUGGUGAGGUGGAAUUUCUGGAAAGUAUCGCAGAAGUUUCGUUAACUUUUAUGAGGCAAAAGCUAUUAAGUAGAUCAUUUCAGGAUGCGGUAUAUAAGAUUCUUAGCAGUGUUAAAUGUAACAUUACUGCAUAUAAUGAUUUAUCUUUGGAGAAAUUGAAUUAUUUGUUUGAGGAGGCAGCCAACAAGAUGCAGUUUGUUCAGUCCAUAUAUACUCGGUUUCUUCUACUUCCGGAUUGUAUAGACAUCACCUAUGUUUCCAAGAGCUCAACUCUUCCAGAAUGGGCUCUGGAACAUGAGCACCGUGCUCUUUACCACAUCAACAAACGGAGGACCCUCUUUUUAGUUGCUGAACCUCCAAGUUAUAUCUCUGUUGUUGAUGUAAUAGCCAUUGUCUUGAGUGAUAUUUUAGGUUCUCCAAGUUCUUUACCUCUUGGUCCAUUAUUUCUCUGCCCAGAUGAAACGGAGGGUGCACUCACUGAUGUCUUGAGAAUUUGCUCUGAAAACAUUGGACGAGAUACUACAAGGAACAACAGUGACCUGAUAGGUGAAGAUAUUCUUGCUCAAGAUGCACCUCAAGUUCAAUUCCACCCUUUAAGGCCUUUUUACAAGGGAGAAUUAGUUGCUUGGCGGUCUCAAAAUGGGGAAAAGUUGAAAUAUGGUAGAGUUACUGAAGAUGUUAGACCUUCAGCAGGACAAGCGCUUUAUCGGUUUGGAGUUGAAACUGCUCCUGGAGUUUUAGAUACUCUCUUGUCUUCACAUGUGUUCUCGUUCAGAAGUGUGUCUCUGGACAAUGAGGGCUCCUCAGUAAUGCUUCCAGAGGUCAGCGCAGUAUCUCAAACCACAAUGCAUAACCAGAUUCCAGAAAGUUCCAGAAGAGACAAGAAAACAUCAACACAGCUGGAAACAGGAAAAGAUCUUCAGUAUGGGCGAGUUUUACCUGCAGAAAUGGUGCAGGCAGUUCAUGAGAUGCUUUCCGCUGCAGGGAUCAGUAUUGAUAUGGAAACACGGACAUUGCUACGUACGAACUUGACCUUGCAGGAGCAACUCAAGGAUUCUCAAGCUGCACUAUUGCUUGAACAGGAUAAAGCUGAUACUGCAGCCAGAGAAGCUGAUAUGGCUAAAUCAGCCUGGCAAUGCCGGAUAUGUUUGAGUGCUGAGGUAGACGUUACUCUAGUUCCCUGUGGACAUGUCCUUUGUCGUAGGUGUUCCUCUGCUGUGUCUAGGUGUCCCUUCUGCCGUCUCCAGGUUUCAAAGACUAUGAGAAUUUAUCGUCCAUAAUGAUGUAACAUCCCCGUUAAAAGUUUCAUUUUGUUCUGUUGGUCAAACGUGGAAGGAGCUACAAAACUUUACCUUCAUACUUUCGGGAGUGCUAGGUGAUAUAAUAUUAGGAGGAACGAAAUUUAAUUAUAACUGUAUUAUUGAGAUCAAAGAGAUGAAUAUUCAGCUUUUUCAUCAGUUUUGUUUAAUGUGUAUAGUGUACAGCAUAUACGACCUAGGUGAAUGAAACUAAGGCGGUUAUCAUGAGGAAGUCAUUGUAACUACAGUUGAAUUAGUUUUCACUGUGAUGACAAAUUGAACGAGGUAAGGUUGAUAAUGAGUCGAGUAUGAUCGCUUGUUACUAGGAGUCCAAAUCAGUUUAGCAAGUUCAUGUUGGCAUGGCGAAGUUCUUGUGCAGCUAACUCUGUAUUUUAAUAUUUUCACAUAAAUAUUUUCAGCUUGUUUAUUGUUUAGGGAUACAGAGAAAGUUGACAUCUUUCAUUUUAGAGAUUGUACAUAAGUAGUUAUGUAAAUGUUAAGAGAUCCAUCAAAUGUUCAAUUAUGCUAUUGUUUGGUUUGUGUUACAAUUGCAUAACUGUUUUCAAAUAAGUAUUUGUAGAUGAAGGCAAGAUUUUAAAGAAAUUUUGGCAAAAGUUUAGGACUUCUAGUCUCUACUAAGAGGUGCACAAUAUCUCUGAGUUCCAACCUCCAUUCGGAUGUAACCAUACACGGUUUUGACUCGAGCAUGAAAUGAUGAGUGUUCAAUUUUCAUUUCAGAUAGCAACAAUCCAAGGACCAAAUUUUUGUGUUUUGAAAUGAGACAAUUGAAUGGUUAAUUUAAUUUGAUGCAAUCUGAUGUCACUUUUACGUGAAAAGCACAGCAUAACUAUCAUCUUCAUCAUCCUAAUGAGUUCCACCUAAGGCAGAGUCUCGGUGAGAGUGAGAAAGAAGACAAAUUAUUCAUUAUUUUAAAUUUACUAUUAGUUUAAAUUUAUUUAAUAAAUUAGAUUUAGAUCUUCUAUAAGUUUUACGUUCCUCUAUUUAAAGAGUCUUAAUCAUCCAUUGUUUUAUGAAACAAAAUGUGAUAAGGAAUGUAGAAUGAGAACAAAAAUGAAUAACUUUUUUAAAGCGACCCACAAAUGAUGGUAAGAUUAG